CGCAGGAUGCCAUUCCCCACUCGGCCAGAGGACGGGACACGGUGAGGAGCUGCUGUGUCGCUCAUUUACCCCCUCUCCUGUCGUCACCCCCAUCGUCCUUGUUGUUUAGUUGCCUCUUUAUUCGUUCCGUUACACGGUUAGCUAGUCCCAGUCAUGUAUCGGUAUUUCGGGGAGCUGCUGAGCCGCUCUGCGGGCAGUGCCCUGGCCUCGGGGUGCGUGGACUCCGCUCUUCCGGCGUCCUCGUCCCUGAUGCGGGUCCGUCGCUAUGCCGGCGCAGCGGACCAACCCGACGACCCCAACUUCUUCAGGAUGGUCGAGGGCUUCUUCGACCGGGGCGCCUCCAUCGUGGAGGACAAGCUGGUGGAGGACCUGAGGACCAGGGAGAGCCCCGAGCAGAAGAGGAACCGUGUGCGGGGCAUCCUGCGCAUCAUCAAGCCGUGCAAUCACGUCCUGAGCGUGUCUUUCCCCAUCAAGAGGGAUAACGGAGAGUGGGAGGUGGUGGAGGGCUACCGCGCCCAGCACAGCCAGCACAGGACGCCCUGCAAAGGAGGUAUCCGUUACAGUACAGAUGUGUCUGUGGAUGAGGUGAAAGCUCUGGCCUCUCUGAUGACCUACAAGUGCGCCGUCGUUGAUGUGCCAUUUGGGGGAGCUAAAGCUGGAGUCAAGAUCAACCCCAGGAAUUACUCUGACAAUGAGCUGGAGAAGAUCACCAGGAGAUUCACUAUUGAGCUGGCCAAGAAGGGUUUCAUUGGGCCUGGCAUCGACGUCCCUGCUCCAGACAUGAGCACAGGAGAGAGGGAAAUGUCCUGGAUUGCCGACACAUAUGCCAACACCAUUGCACACACUGACAUCAACGCCCAUGCCUGCGUGACAGGGAAGCCCAUCAGCCAGGGAGGAAUCCACGGACGUAUCUCAGCCACCGGUCGCGGAGUUUUCCACGGCAUCGAGAACUUCAUUAACGAGGCGUCUUACAUGAGCAUGCUGGGCUUGACUCCAGGCUUCCAGGACAAGACCUUCAUCAUCCAGGGCUUUGGUAACGUGGGUCUCCACUCCAUGAGGUACCUGCACAGGUUUGGGGCCAAGUGUGUGGGCAUUGGUGAGAUUGACGGAGCCAUCUACAACCCAGAGGGCAUCGACCCCAAGCAGCUGGAGGACUACAAACUGCAACACGGCACCAUCGUGGGCUUCCCAGGAGCCAAACCCUACGACGGCAACAUUCUGGAAGCCGACUGCCACAUCCUGAUCCCCGCCGCCGGAGAGAAGCAGCUCACGCGUAUCAACGCCCCCAGGAUCAAGGCUAAGAUCAUUGCUGAGGGUGCCAACGGUCCCACCACCCCUGAUGCUGACAAGGUCUUCCUGGAGAACAACGUCAUGGUUAUUCCUGACAUGUACCUGAACGCCGGUGGUGUGACGGUGUCUUAUUUCGAGUGGCUGAAGAAUCUCAACCACGUCAGCUACGGCAGACUGACCUUCAAAUACGAGAGAGACUCAAACUACCACCUGCUCAUGUCUGUGCAGGAGAGCUUAGAGAGGAAGUUUGGCAAGCAGGGCGGACCCAUCCCCAUCGUACCCACUGCUGACUUCCAGGCCAGAGUUGCUGGUGCCUCUGAGAAGGACAUCGUUCACUCUGGGUUGGCCUACACCAUGGAGAGGUCCGCCAGGCAAAUCAUGCGCACGGCAAGCAAGUACAACCUGGGCCUGGACCUGCGGACGGCCGCCUACGUCAACGCCAUCGAGAAGGUCUUCAAAGUGUACAACGAGGCCGGACUCACCUUCACAUAAGCGUCCGAUGGCGAGCCGCACUUCUCUCCCUUCCUCCGACCCUCCCGCUAUCGAUCCCCGCCUCCCCCAGCCCCUCUCCUGCCUUCCUCCUCCACCUCCUAGAAACAGCCUUCAGAACAUAUCACUGUUUACCGCAGCUCGUUGGCUCUUUCACGCGCACACAUGCGGCGACGCUUCGGCUAUUUAUCCUGUGAUCUCUGUGCUGCCGUCAUAUCUCUGUUUUAGACAUCAGCCCUGUUCUAGUUGUUUUUUUGCCUGAGAUGAAACAGAGCCGGAGGGGAAUCGAAGAACCCGUCCCUCCUUCAGCCGUUCUGAUCUAGUCGUGCCGCGUCCACGCCGUUCUCGCUGUAUGCACGUGUUGUUCCAGUUGACAGCACUACAGAUGCCUUAUUUCAGAAAGAGGUCCGCUCCGACCGGGAGACGGCCGCCUCAGCGUUAAAGGGAUUUAGAUUUAACUUCAUGUGAAUAAAAGAGGAUUAGUCGUUUUAUUACUCUCGUCUUCUCACUUUCAAGAUGUAAACAUUAGUGAAGUUGCCAAGUUUUAGAAUUCCCCAGAAGAUUUUUGUUUUUUUUUCUCCCCUAGUUGGUGUUUUUACUGUUCAGGAUCCGGUAGAUGCUCUCGUACUCAUCGCCUCCCUACCUCUCCUCCACGUCCCUUCAUUAUUUUUCCUGUCGCUUCUUCCUAAACGCAGCUUCUUCUCCCCGACUCCUCCGCUGGCCAAGAAGGAGGAGCAGGGACGGGCCGAGGCGUCACUGUGAUCGCCCCAGCAGCUUUCCUCCGUCGUAACCGUCCAGUUUCUCAGCAUUGAAAUUAUUUUGGAGGAAAAAAUUACUUUCUAUUUUUAUUUUAUUCUUUUUUUUCUUUUUUUUUUUUUU